GCCAAGCCACCCCCAAAGUCCAAGCUGGCUUCAGUCAAGCAGGCGCAUGAGCAGAUAAGGCGCGCGCCACGUCCACCACACACAAUGGGGACGUUACCCGUCGCCCACAGGUUCUCGCUCGCCUCGGCCUUCCUGCCGCGCCACCGCCGGCCAUCGCCGUCCGCCCCCAACCGGCGCCGGCGGCAUGGAACGGUGGUGGCGUACAUGGAGCCGAACCCCAACUCGCCGUCCUCCAUCGCGGGCCGCCUCAUCGGGGCUCUCCCCGUGGUGGGCCUCGUGGCGCGCAUCCUGAGCGACGAGGGUGGCGUCGGCGGCGACAUGAUCGACUUCGCCGAGUUCCGCCGCCGCGUCAGCAAGAAGUGCACCGUCAUGGACUCCCAGGCCUUCUACGAUUUCAACGAACGCCGCGGCAAGGCAGGAGAUCCCUUCUACGUUCUGCUGUGCUGCUGGCUGGCCGCCGUUGGUGGCGGGCUGCUGAAAACGGAGGAGAUCUUGGAAGGCGUCGCGCGGCUCCGCCUCUCCAACGACAUCGAGUUCGAGGAGGAGACGUUCCUCGACAUGAUGAAGACGGCAAAGGAGAAAAGAGCAAAGCUGAAGGCUCCGGCGCCACAGAUACCAAUGGAAGCGCGGGCGGAGAAGGCCCUGGAGGCCAUCUACGUGUGCUGCUUCGGGCAGGACAUGGUGGAAGACGUGGACGUGAAGCUGCUGUGCAAAAUGCUGAACGCCGUCUUCCCCUCCGUCGGGAGGCAGGCGGUCGAGAGGAUAGUGACCUCCAUGGCGAAGCAGGUGGCUGCCGGCGAGAGGAAGGGCCCCGGCGUCAAGACCGUGUCCAAGGAAGCAGCGCAGCGGCAACUCAAGGACCUGGAAUUUCUCAAGCAGAACAAGUUGGAUUCGGCAUGAGCAUUGUGCAGAACACAUUGGGAAAUUUUGUCAGAUAGACGUCGUUUUUAGGCCAAGAAACAGAAAUUGCAUGGCUUACUUGGCCGUGUUUGUCAUAGACCGAGUUUUCUCCUAAGAUGUGCUAGGAAGGUCAGCUAUCGUAGGGAAAUAGAAAUCAGCAUAGAUUGCAAGUUUGCGACACAGUUGACGCAGGCCAAACAAUGGUCUCGGUUCAUUAGAAUUGCAAUGUGAGUGAGCUCAGAACCUUGUAAGAUGAAGUUGUACGUUGUGACAUGCUCAGAAAAUGUCUACUGCUACAGUACUUUUUAAUGCUACAUGUGUUUACUAAGAAUAAAAAUGUAACAGACGUGGCAUCGUUUAAGAUGGCAAAA